AUGAAGCCUUCCGAAAUACCACCCACAAACGAAGGCUUGUCAACAUUUGCAUGCUUUCCGCGCCUUCCUCCCGAGAUCCGUGAAAUGGUAUGGAAGUGCCUGAUCUCAGUGCAACGACACCUGAGGAUAGAAGUGCGCUUCGGAGAGCCUACCAAGAUAGGGUCUUUCUCAAUCUCCGAGGGAUUUUACCUCUCUCAAGUCUGCUCUGAGAGCCAAAAAGUCCUUGAUCGUGUUAUCGCAUAUCAGACUGCGAAAGAUGGCGACGAUGCUUCUGUUGAUGAAGAUUUUGGCACCGUUCUCCUGACAACACUGGAUAAGCCAUCACUGGAGAUCUUAUCUUCCCUAACAGCCAAUAUCGAUUGUAUUGCGGUACCAUGGCCCGCCAGGACAGGAGAAGUAAAAGAGUUCCAUGUAGCUCUACACAAGAGGGUAGCUGCCGGUGGUCGACAGAUAAAAGCCAUCUACACUGGGAGAUCAUCGGAACUUGGAGGCCAGUUACGACCCCCAAGGAAUCACUACAUGACACCACUAGCGGAUUUCGAAGUCAUGACCGAAGACGACGCUGAAAUAUACCCGCACUCCAGGGACUGCUUCUUUGUUGCACGAUCGAGGUCCGAGUACUUCAUCUACACAACCCGAGAUUAUGAGAAGGCUUCAGAAGACCUACGCUCGACCUGGGAGAGACUUCCUUCCAAGGACGGAACUGCAGAACCAAUGAUAAAGCCAGGCUUUAUCUUGAUCCGCACAGCCAGAAGGCGUCGACUCAGCUGA